GGCCGAUCGGGGUCCUUCCUAGCGCCCAAAAACGCACCGUAUAUCACGAACUUAUCGCGGACGAAAUGCGGGCGGUUGCAACGAGCUAGAAGCGAGGGAGAGUGCGUCUGCUGAUCGCUCUUUUCGUGCGUACGACGCAAGGAUGGCGAGUUGGAGCGAGCGUGUGGGGAGGGAAGUCGAAGGGCACGCCCCAGCCAAGUCCGAAGGCGGGUGACAGAACUGCCCGUCGGCCGUACGGAGAGAGGGGGAGGGGGCCAAUCGGGGCCAGAGCCAGUCGAGCGCUCCUCCACCGCCCGGCGUGCCCGCCAUAAAAAGUAGUUUUGCCUCCUGCGAUCCCCGUCCUCUCCGACUGUAGCAGCACACCAUCGUAUCUCCUCAUUGCUACCCAUGGCUGGCUACCUCUUCGCUCGCGACGCCAGCCCGGGCGAUCUGGGCGACUUCAAUCUCGGCGAUGUCGCCUUCAUCAUCCUAGCCGGCGCCCUGGUCAUGUUCAUGGUCCCUGGACUUGCGUUCCUCUACUCCGGCCUGUCCCGGCGCAAAUCGGCGCUGUCUAUGAUCUGGUCCGUCUGCGCCGCGAACGCGGUCGGCGUCUUCCAAUGGUGGUUCUGGGGCUACUCGCUCGCCUUCUCGCCCACGGCCUCGAACGGCUUCAUCGGCGACCUCCACAACUUUGCCCUCCGCAACGUCGGCGGCCAGGCGAGCACCGCGACGCCGCUGCUGCCCGAGCUUCUGUACGCCUUCUUCCAGAUGGAGUUUGCGUGCGUUACGAUCGGCAUACUCAUGGGCGCGUCUCCUUCCCCUCUUUCCUUUCCCCGUCGCGCCCUCGCGGAGCGCGGCCGCGUGUUCCCCGCGAUGGUCUUCGCCUUCUGCUGGAUGACGCUCGUCUACGCCCCCGUCGCCUGCUGGGUCUGGAACUCGUCCGGCUGGGCGUUCAAAUGGGGCGUGCUCGACUUUGCCGGCGGCGGGCCGGUCGAGAUCGGGUCCGGGAUGGGCGGGCUCGCGUACGCGUGGGUCCUCGGCAGGCGGCACGAGAAGGAGCUGCUCAACUUUCGGCCGCACCACGUCUCGCUCGUCGUCCUCGGCACGUUCAUGCUCUGGUUCGGCUGGCUGGGGUUCAACGGCGGGAGCGCGUUCGGCGCGAAUCUGAGGGCGAUCACGGCGAUUUGGAAUAGUAUGAUCAUGGCGUCCGUGUCCGGCAUGGUGUGGUGCGUGCUCGACUGGCGGAUCGAGCGCAAGUGGACGAUGGUCGGUUUUUGCUCAGGCACGAUCGCGGGACUCGUCGCCGCGACGCCGGCGUCCGGGUUCGUGCCCACCUGGGCCGCCGUCGUCGAAGGCCUCGUCGUCGGCGCCGUCGCCAACUUUGCGACCAAGCUCAAGUUUUUCCUCCGCGUCGACGACGCGCUCGACCUCCUCGCCGAGCACUGUGUCGGCGGCGCGCUCGGCCUGCUGUUCAACGGCUUCUUCGCGACGAACAAGGUCGUCGCGCUCGACGGCGUGAACGGGUCGAUCCAAGGAGGGUUCUUGGACAGGAACUGGAAGCAGCUGUAUAUCCAGUUUGCGUACGUGUGCGCGGUGUCGGCGUACGUGUUCGUGGUGACGGCGGCGAUCGCGUGGGUGAUCGACUUGAUACCCGGACUGCAUCUGCGCGCGACGGUCGAGGAGGAGCAUAUCGGGAUGGACGACGCCGAGAUCGGCGAAUUUGCGACGGACUAUAUCGAGGUUCGCAGAGACUACACCGAUUGGACGCCCGCGCCGGGUAAGGACGCGCCCGGGUAUCACAAGAGCGCGGCGGACGACGGGACGAGCCCCGGCGCGUCGGCCGAGACGCACGUCGCGGCGGGCGACCGACACGGCAGGCCGGAGGUGACCGCGCACGAGGGUCGGAACGCGUUCGCCCGCCCGACCGGCGACGGGCGUCAUCGGGAGCAGCCGCUCGCGUCGGAGAAGCCCGAGAACGGGAACGGGUACUUUGCGGCGGGCGAUCGGCAUGGCAAGCCUGAACGAGGAUGAGUAACGCCUCCUCGAUAACAGAAAAACAAAAAGGCAUGUACGAUGCGCGGACAGUGCUAUCGGCGGGGUAGUUGUUGUCAGGCUCCACACAUCGGCAUGCUAUGUAAUACACCAUACACUACUGUACACUAGUAUAGACGGGCGGACACGAAUGGGGAAUAUACAGUUUAUCAGACAGGCGAGAACUUGAGAGUGGACGACACAUGAUCCACAAGAUAGGACGAACGAGAAACCGAGCAGUGCGGAACACGAAUAUCUAACAAUCCCAGCCGAGCACGAAGUCGUCGUCGACGGGCAAAGUCUCGUUCUUGUCGACGUGGCCGCAGAUACCUCCGACGCCGAGGUGGUCUUUGAGGAGCAGGUCGACGACGUUGCGAGCUGCGAUCGUCUCGGUCUCCAUCGUCGAUAUGAACGGCUCGAAGGCGUUCACGUAAUAAAAGUGGUCGUCGACGACCUUGACGGGCGGGAAGGUGCUCGUGGGCGGCAGGAGCGGGUACGCGUCCCACUCCUUCCGGUGCACCCAGCCGACGCCGCCGGGCUCGCCCGUCCAGUCGAACACGCGCGCGAGCCACUCGUCGCUCACGCGCUCCUUCGAGAAGAUCUUGACGACGUACUCCGGUACCCAGUCCACGACGCGCCCGGGGCGGUGCACCUCGCGCGAGGUGACGACGCCGUGGUAGGUGAGCGAGUUGAACUCGAGCGCGUAGCGGGCGUACGGCGAGGAGGAGGAGGAGGCGGUCGUGGUUAGGAUCACCUGGGGGACUUUGUCCGUCGGUUUCAGGCCGAAGUGGGCG